AUGUCACCCCCCACAGAGCCUCCUCAGGCUGCGUCUGAGGGCCGCAGUCCCCGUCUCUCUGCGGUGCUCAAGGGACGCAGGAAGAAGGACAAGCUAGGAAAUGAGUCCACCACCUCCCUGGCAAGCACCGGCAGCGCUCCUGAGGAGGGCAGUGGGUUCAAGGCUACCCUCGACGACGCGCUGAACAAGCUCAAGGACAAGACGCUCAAGGACAAGACCAGGCCCUCACACGAUCAUGGCAGGCGUGGAAGCAUCGACUCGGUCAACUCCCGGCGGCCAUCCAUUAGCCUGCGAGCAAGGCUGGGCAUCAAGAAGCGGCGAGAUCAAGGCGCUGAAGAGGAGGACGCCGCUGGUCGCGCUGUCGACGAGGACGGUAACAGCUCGAACUUGGCGCCAUCAGACAUCCGCAGCACCAGCGACGACUCCCUCAUCUUGACCAAGAGUGUCGCCAGCAGCUUGCUGACGGAAGACUCGGACGUAGAAUCACCCACCAUAUCCCCUCACCAGUCUCAUGUCGGAUACCUGACCCUAUCCUCGCCCCUCAUCGCAUCGCAAACAGUCGACUCCACCGCCUCGUCUGUUCCCACAGAUGUAUCUCUAGACAACAACAGCACACUGGCGCCUGGAGACGCCAAGACCCUUGAAGCAACUCCAUCGCAAGACAGCAAUCAACCGCCAGUCGGAAAGUUAAAGGAAGCUUUUGUGCCGACGCGAGGGUCAACGGUAUCAAAACUUGCUGAGGACACAGGAUCAACCGCGUCGGCGGCCGGUGAUGGCGGAGGAGGACUGGGAGGCUUGUUCAGCGGAGUUGGGAAGAAGAACGGCACAAGGUCUCGAAGAGGUUCGCAGCCAUCGCUGAAUCCAUCACCACUUGGCCAAGCUGUAGAGGACACAUCGAGCGCUACCAAGACACCGACAACCCCCCAGCCGAUCAAUACCAAAAUCCCCGCUACGCCUCCGAAUCUACAUUCUCCCCCUCUGACUUUGGUAACGCCACCCACACCCAUUGACGCCCGCCCAUCUACGCCCUCGUCGGCGGCUAGCGGCAAGAAGCCGUCGAUAUCAGACCUCCCGUCCCACAGACCUUCGCUCUCCAACCCUAACGUAACAGCAACCCCUUUUAGCAUCAUGGCAGCGCACCGAAGGGCGAGGUCAGCGAAUAACCCGCCGAGCAAGCUCUCCAGCGGAGUUACAGGGACACUGACGCCGACGGUCGAGGAGGCCAAGACGCCAGGAGGCUCCCUGACUAACCCAGGGAGCUCGGGAGGUGGCUUCUUCGCUUCGGUCUUCUCAGCCGCGCAAAACGCCGCCAAUCAGUUCACAAACACUAUCGGCAACAACGCGAACAGCCCUGCGCAACGGGUCAGGAGCGGUACAGGACCGGACAAAAACGAAGCGGAAAACAGAGAUUCCACUGGUGGAGAGGAAGUGAUACCUGGGCCUGACAUUAGCGCAUCCGUCGAGGGCUCUAGUAUCAAGAAAAAACCGCUCGCUGUCGAGACGCUCGGCUCGGGUGAUCUAAGCUUAAGCCAUCUCGGUAUUACUGACGACCCAAGUCCUAUGUCGUCACGGGUCGAUUUGACAGACAACGCCGCGAAAGCGUCGACUAUGAGGAGCGACGAGGCAUCCGCGCAAGCCGAGGACAAUGCAGCUUCUCAAGCAGUAUCAGCAGCGUAUGCGGCAGACAGGACAGACGGUGCUACAGACCGGCCGCUGUCGCUCGCAUUGUCGGAUGCCGCGACACCACCACGUGGAAGCGAUGCGGAUGGUUCCACAAUCAAGCGAAGCGGUAGCAUACGCAGCCGCAUCAGCACAAGCCGGAAGCGACGCCAUCGAGGCAGUUCGGCUACAACGGGUAACACUCUUGCCUCUGCAAUCAAUGCGAGCAACUUGACCUUGGCUCAUCCGGGCGCCAACGGUCAUCGUCUUCCGACCGGGUUUGCAGUUGCCAAUACCAAGCGCAACCGAGACUUUCACCAACUGUUCAGGAGCGUGCCUGAGGACGAUUACCUAGUCGAAGACUAUAGCGCUGCUCUGCAGCGAGACAUCUUGCUGCAGGGAAGACUAUACGUCUCGGAAGGUCACAUCUGCUUUUCGAGCAACAUCCUCGGCUGGGUUACCAACGUGGUCAUGAGCUUCGAUGAGGUGGUGUCGGUCGAAAAGAAGAGCACAGCUGUCAUCUUUCCAAACGCCAUCGCAAUCCAAACACUUCACACUAGAAACAUCUUCGCAAGCUUCAUCGCUCGCGACUCGACGUAUGACCUCAUCAUCAGCAUUUGGAAGAUCAGCCACCCAAACCUCAAGAGCUCCCUCAACGGCGUCACGCUAGACAACGACGGCACAGGCGACAAAACAGAGAAAGCCGAGUCCGUCGGCACCGCUGGAGAGGGCUCAGAAGACGGUUCCGACGACGAAGACGUGUACGACGAGGACGACCAAGACGAAGACGAAGACAUGGGUAGCUUUGCCGACGCCGCCAGUAUAGCGGGUAGCGACGUCGGUGAGGCUCUCAUCAAAUCCGUCAGCCGCAAGACCUCCACAGCAGCCGUCGGAGCGCCCGUUAGCGGCGGCACAGCAAAGGUCGUCGACAACGUCGAGGCCGUGGUGACGGGUGCGGCGGCUAGUGCAGACUUCCCCGGCCCGCAAACACACGCCCCGACCGAGUGCGGCGACGAAGCGAGCCACUGCGACAAACCGCUCACAGACGUAACGGUUCCGGCGCCUCUAGGGAAAAUCUACUCCCUCAUGUUCGGCCCGGCUUCAGGCGCCUUCAUGCGCAAAUGGCUUGUCGAAGAUCAAAAAUCGACGGACCUGCAGAUGGAGGAUGACAAGAAGGGCUUAGGCGAGGAGAAGAAGAGCUUCACGUUCUCGUAUGUUAAGCCGCUCAAUGCGCCGAUCGGGCCAAAGGCGACAAAAUGCAUCGUCACCGAGACGCUCGAGCAGUUCGAUCUCGAGAAGGCUGUCACGGUCAGUUGCAGCACGACGACGCCGGAUGUGCCGAGCGGGAACGUCUUCGUCACAAAGACGCGGUAUUGUCUCAUGUGGGGCCCGAAUAACUCGACGCGGUUGAUCAUGAACUUCACUGUCGAGUGGAGCGGGAAAAGUUGGAUAAAGGGCCCCAUCGAAAAAGGCGCCGCAGACGGCCAAACCGUCUACGCCGCCGCCCUUGUCGCCGCGCUCAAGGCCGCCGUCUCCACCAAAGCGGCCGCAGUCGCCAACUCGGCCAUCAAAGCCAACGCCAACGCUUCCGGUGCCCGGAAAGGCGGCAAAGGCCGCCGCAGGAAUCCCAAUGGGAAUACCGUCCCCGCCACGACAGCGACAGCAGGGCCGACCUCCACGAAAACGAAUGCUAGUAGCUGGGGCCCGCUCGAGCCGCUGCAUGGCCUCCUGGGGCCGGUGGGGGAUAUCGUCGGGCCGCUCUUCAGCGCGCCGGUCGUUAUCGCGGUGUUGAGUUUGCUGGUCGCGUGGCUGUGGUUCCGUGGCUCGGGAGCCGCGGCGGCGGGUGGAAGUCUAGGGCUGCCGGGGAUGGCGACGCCGCAGCGCAUAGCUGCCUACGAGGAGAUGUGGCGGGGCGAGGAGGCGCUGUUGUGGGAUUGGCUGGAGGAGCGGGCAGGGUUGGAUGCAGGGGUUGUGGCUGGGAUGAGGCAGAGUGGAGUGGACGCAGCAGGGGGCGCGCAGAAAGCAAAGAGGCUAGCGGAGGCGAGGGGCUUGCGGAAGAAGCUCGUGGAUGAGAGGAUGAGCCAACGGGAGAUGGAGGAGGCGAUUAGAGUUACGGAAGAAAGACUAGAGGCGUUGAAGGAGGCGGUGGGACAUAGAGGCGAUAAGAAAGGGGGGAAGCUGAAGAGAGCCGGGACGGCGUAG